AUGUCGUCGACAAGAUUCGUGAAAGGACGGACUGCCAAAGACGUAGCGAAUUAUGCUUGCUUCGAACAAGAUGAUGUCCUCGGUGUCGUCGUCGUCUUUGUCGUUGUGAAGAACAAGGAGAAUGAUGGCUCAGAGAUGGCGCUGUAUGGAGUGGAUAAUGACGAGAUUCAGACCAGUAAAGCGAGAGACGAGAUGUGCGAAAGCAAUGUCGACGAUCUGGAAUCGGAGGACUGGACGCCGAGGCGGAAGAAAGUGUGGCACAAGUAG